AUGACUCUCUUCCCCACAGGUAUAGAUUGUAAGACUACAACGAUUCUUCUGGAUGGCCGACGAAUCAAGCUACAGCUCUGGGAUACAUCAGGGCAAGGGAGAUUCUGCACCAUAUUUCGGUCUUAUUCAAGAGGUGCUCAGGGUGUGAUACUAGUGUAUGAUAUUACAAAUCGUUGGUCAUUUGAUGGAAUCGAUCGAUGGAUAAAAGAAAUAGAUGAGCAUGCUCCUGGUGUACCAAAAAUCCUGGUUGGAAAUCGCCUUCACUUAGCCUUCAAGCGCCAAGUGUCUACUGAACAAGCACAAGCCUAUGCUGAGAGGCUGGGCAUGACUUUUUUUGAAGUCAGUCCACUUUGUAAUUUCAAUAUUACAGAGUCCUUUACUGAGCUAGCGAGAAUAGUGUUGAUGAGACAUGGAAUGGACAGGCUCUGGAGGCCAAACAAGGUACUGAGUCUGCAAGACCUUUGUUGCCGUGCCAUAGUUUCCUGUACCCCUGUGCAUCUUGUUGACAAGCUCCCUCUCCCUGUUGCCUUAAGAAGCCAUCUCAAAUCUUUCUCCAUGGCAAAUGGCCUUAAUGCCAGGAUGAUGCAUGGACGCUCAUACUCCCUCACAUCCAGCAACAUCAGUAAAAGGAACAGCUUAAAGAAAGCGAAAAUCAUCCGUCCACCACAGAGCCCACCAAAAAACUGUACAAGAAACAGCUGUAAAAUUUCUUAAGCUCUCUGGGGGGAAAAGGAAACUGGAUGGAAUACCCUCGUGUGAAGCGCUGAACACAAGGACUCCAUGUUUGAUGGUUGAGUACACUCUGUGUAGGUAUCACACUACAUAGAAAAAAACAAGAAAAAUAAGUCUUAUUUUAGAGCUUGCUCACUCCAGUAAUGCUGCUUUGGAAUGAAUGACAUGCUCAGUGCAACUGAAAGGAUGUGACGUUUUGCUGUUGGAUUUUCACACUGCGUUUUAGUUUCUGAUGUGCAUGACGCCAUUGUUUUUACGAGUAGAUGUGUCUUCAUAUAGGGGAUAAUUAUCAUUGUACUCAGUUCUUAAUUCCAUGAAAUCUGGAAAGUGACUUACUGUGUAAUUGUAUAAAAUCCUGUCUUUUUGCAAACUCUUCAAAAAUAUAAAGUGAGUCAUCAGUUUGCAUAUUCAGGCAGAGGUUUUUAAAUGCAAUGUAUUGUAUACAUUGUUAAAUUCUACAAACAGUGUGACAAAUUCUAGUAAUACUGCAAUUGUGCAUUUGGAUUUUUUUUGUAAAGCUUCCUUGAUAACUUUGAAGCACUAUAACUUAACUAAGCUAAAAAUGUAUAUAUAAUUAUUAUGCACAUACACAACAAGGUUUUGUCCCAUUAGUGUAUGUAAUAGAUUUGAUAAAGUUUUUGGUAUGUUAUUUAAUACUCUGGGGAAUUAAUUUGUGGUUUAAAUACUUAUUUUUCUGUAAAAAGAAAAUAUAAAAAGAUUACAUUUUAUACCACUCUACAAGAAAGUUCUAGGAGGAAAAUGCCAAAGACACUGUGGUAAAAGGAACAUUACUUAAAGAGCUGCUUUAUAAGGAAAUAACACUAUUUAAAAAAUAAAUAAAUGUUUCUGGAAAAUAAAUCCUAU